CCACUCGGCAUCUGAAGAAGCCUCUGGCUCUGACUCUGCAAGCCAGUCUGAAAGCGAGCAGGGCAGCGAGUCAAACAGCAGCUCGGAGUCCUCUGAAAGUCAGUCUGAAUCUGAAAGUGAAUCAAUGGACUCGAAAUCCCAGCAGACCCCUCCUGAAACCAAAGAAAAACCGGCCUCUAAGAAGGAAAGGAUAGCAGAUGUUAAGAAGAUGUGGGAAGAAUAUCCUGAUGUUUAUGGGGUUAGGAGGUCAAACCGAAGCAGACAAGAACCAUCACGAUUUAAUAUUAAAGAUGAGGCAAGUAGUGAAUCUGAAAAUGAGAGCCCAAAAAGAAGAGGCCAGAAGCAGAUGAAAAGAACAAACAAAUGGAAAAGAGUUAUCUCUGGUGAAGAAGAGGAUGAAGAUGGAGGGGAGCAAGGCAGCAGUGGAGAGAGUGAGCCUGAACAGAAGAAAAUUAAAGCAAGAAGACCUGCCCAAAGGAGAACAGUGACCAAAACCAGUGUUAAAAAGACUUACAAACCACAGCGUGGAAAGAAGAGAAAGAAACCAGACUCCUCUGAAGAUGAUGAUGAUGAUGAAGAUGAUGAGACCCCCAAGAGGCAAACUCGACGAAGAGCAGCCAAAAAUGUCAGUUACAAAGAAGAUGAUGAUUUUGAGACGGAUUCUGAUGACCUGAUAGAGAUGACUGUGGAAGGAGCUGAUGAGCAGCAAGACAACUGUGAAACUAUUGAGAAAGUCUUGGACAUCAGGCUUGGAAAGAAAGGAGCCAUUGGUGCUUCCACUACAGUGUAUGCAACUGAAGCUAAUGGUAACCCAAGUGCUGACUUUGAUCCUGAAAAGGAUGAGGGAGAAGUUCAGUACCUGAUCAAAUGGAAAGGCUGGUCAUACAUCCAUAGCACGUGGGAGAGUGAUGAGUCCCUGCAACAGCAGAAAGUGAAGGGCCUGAAAAAGCUAGAGAACUUCAAGAAAAAAGAGGAGGAGAUCAAGCAAUGGCUGGGCAAGGUAUCACCUGAAGAUGUGGAAUAUUUCAACUGCCAACAGGAGCUGGCUUCUGAGCUGAACAAACAGUAUCAGAUAGUGGAGAGAGUGAUAGCUGUGAAGACCAGCAAGACCACAACGGGACAUUCAGAACUGCCAGCAAGCAGUCGAAAAACAUCCUCAAAUGACCCUGAAUACCUGUGUAAGUGGAUGGGGCUGCCCUAUGCUGAGUGCAGCUGGGAGGAUGAGGCACUGAUCAGCAAGAAAUUCCAGCACUGUAUCGACAGCUUCAACAACCGUAACAACUCCAAAACCAUUCCCACCCGGGACUGCAAGGUAUUGAAGCAGAGACCGAGGUUUGUUGCCUUGAAGAAACAGCCCUCUUACACUGGUGGUGAGAACCUGGAGCUGCGCGAUUACCAGCUGGAGGGCCUCAACUGGCUCGCUCACUCCUGGUGCAAGAACAACAGCGUGAUCCUGGCUGAUGAAAUGGGACUUGGCAAGACGAUUCAGACAAUAUCAUUCCUGUCGUACCUCUUCCAUCAGCACCAGCUCUAUGGCCCUUUCCUGUUGGUGGUGCCCUUGUCCACUCUCACCUCGUGGCAGAGAGAGUUUGAAGUGUGGGCACCUGAGAUAAACGUGGUGGUUUACAUCGGAGACCUCAUGAGCAGGAACAUGAUACGGGAAUAUGAGUGGAUCCACUCUCAGUCUAAAAGGUUGAAAUUCAAUGCACUUAUCACAACAUAUGAGAUCCUCCUCAAGGAUAAGGCUGUUUUGGGAAGUAUUAACUGGGCCUUUCUAGGCGUGGAUGAAGCCCAUCGGUUGAAAAACGAUGACUCUCUGCUGUACAAAACACUGAUUGAUUUCAAGUCCAACCACAGGCUGCUGAUCACCGGCACCCCACUUCAAAAUUCCCUCAAAGAACUCUGGUCCCUGCUGCAUUUCAUCAUGCCAGAGAAGUUUGAGUUCUGGGAGGAUUUUGAAGAGGAUCAUGGGAAGGGUAGAGAGAAUGGCUACCAGAGCCUUCACAAGGUCCUGGAGCCGUUUCUGCUACGCAGAGUGAAGAAGGAUGUGGAGAAAUCGCUGCCAGCCAAAGUGGAGCAGAUCCUCCGGGUGGAAAUGUCUGCUUUGCAGAAACAGUAUUACAAGUGGAUCUUGACAAGAAACUACAAAGCUCUUUCAAAGGGAACAAGGGGGAGCACCUCUGGUUUCCUGAACAUUGUGAUGGAGUUGAAAAAGUGCUGCAACCAUUGCUACCUUAUCAAACCUCCUGAGGAAAACGAGAGAGAGAACGGCCUUGAGACCCUGCAGUCUCUGAUCAGGAGCAGUGGAAAGCUAAUUCUCUUGGACAAGCUGCUGACCAGGCUGCGGGAGAGAGGUAACAGAGUGCUCAUCUUCUCCCAGAUGGUGAGGAUGCUGGACAUCUUGGCAGAGUACCUGACUAUCAAACACUAUCCUUUUCAGCGCUUGGACGGCUCCAUCAAAGGGGAGAUCCGAAAGCAGGCGCUCGACCACUUCAACGCGGACGGCUCUGAGGACUUCUGUUUCUUGUUAUCAACACGAGCUGGAGGGCUGGGAAUUAACUUGGCCUCUGCUGAUACUGUUGUUAUCUUUGACUCGGACUGGAACCCCCAGAAUGAUCUCCAGGCUCAGGCUCGGGCUCACCGAAUCGGACAGAAGAAGCAGGUGAAUAUUUACCGCCUGGUCACAAAGGGAACCGUAGAGGAGGAGAUCAUUGAGAGGGCCAAGAAGAAGAUGGUGCUGGAUCAUUUGGUGAUCCAGCGUAUGGACACCACUGGCCGGACUGUUCUGGACAACACCUCUGGGCAAUCCAACUCAAACCCUUUCAACAAAGAGGAGCUGACAGCUAUUCUGAAAUUUGGAGCUGAAGAUCUCUUCAAGGAGCUUGAAGGGGAGGAGUCAGAACCUCAGGAGAUGGACAUUGAUGAGAUUUUACGUCUGGCUGAAACACGAGAGAAUGAAGUGUCCACCAGUGCCACCGAUGAGCUCCUCUCCCAGUUCAAGGUGGCCAACUUUGCAACCAUGGAGGAGGAGGAGACAGAGCUGGAGGAGCGAUCCCAGAAGGACUGGGAUGAUAUCAUUCCAGAGGAGCAGAGGAAAAAGGUGGAGGAGGAAGAAAGGCAGAAAGAACUGGAGGAAAUCUAUAUGCUGCCUCGAAUCCGGAGCUCAACUAAAAAGGCUCAGACGAAUGACAGUGAAUCAGAUGCAGAAACCAAGAGAAGGCUUCAGAGAUCAUCUGGAUCAGAAAGCGAGACGGAUGAUACUGAUGACGAGAAGAGACCAAAGCGCAGGGGGCGUCCUCGGAGUGUGAGAAAAGACACUGUGGAAGGAUUUACUGAUGCUGAAAUCAGGAGGUUUAUCAAGGCUUACAAGAAAUUUGGAUUGCCUCUUGAACGGCUGGAGUGUAUUGCCCGGGAUGCUGAGCUGGUGGAUAAGUCUGUGGCUGAUCUGAAACGAUUAGGAGAACUCAUCCACAAUAGCUGUGUGUCAGCAAUGCAGGAAUAUGAGGAACAACUGAAAGAAAAUCCAGGUGAAGGGAAAGGACCUGGGAAAAGAAGAGGUCCUACUAUCAAGAUUUCUGGUGUCCAAGUCAAUGUGAAAUCCAUCAUCCAGCAUGAAGAGGAGUUUGAAAUGCUGCAUAAAUCCAUUCCUACGGACCCAGAGGAGAGGAAGAAGUACCGCCUGACGUGCCGGGUCAAAGCUGCCCAUUUUGAUGUCGACUGGGGAGUGGAGGAGGAUUCCCGGUUGUUGGUGGGAAUUUAUGAGCAUGGCUAUGGAAACUGGGAGCUGAUUAAAACAGAUCCAGAAUUGAAACUAUCUGAUAAGAUCCUACCUGUUGAGACAGAUAAAAAACCUCAGGGAAAACAGCUCCAGACCCGAGUUGAUUAUCUACUGAAACUGCUGAAGAAGGACCUGGACAAAAAAGAAAACAUGAAAGAUGGGGAAGAGGGCAAGCUAAAGAAGAGGAAACCACGAGUAAAGAAAGAGAACAAGGCUCCCAAAGUCAAAGAUGAGCAUGGGAAUGAACUCCUCUCUCCUCGGCACUCAGACAACCAGUCAGAAGAAGGUGAAGUCAAGGAGGAUGGCUUGGAAAAUUGCCCAGUGAAAAAGAAACAGAAGAAAAAAGAGAACAAAGAGAACAAGGAAAAACAGACAACCACUAAGAAGGAAAAAGAAAGUGAUAAAGAGAAAAAGAAGACAAAAGACAAGAAAGAGAAGCCUAAAGGUGGUGAAGCCAAAUCUGGAAAUAAAGGGAAGAGAUCGCAAGGUCCUGUCCAUAUUACUGCAGGGAGUGAACCGAUUCCCAUUGGGGAAGAGGAAGAUGAUGAUCUGGACCAAGAAACAUUCAGCAUAUGCAAGGAAAGGAUGAGACCAGUCAAAAAAGCACUGAAGCAACUCGAUAAGCCCGAUAAGGGACUGACGGUUCAAGAACAGCUGGAGCACACCCGCAGCUGCCUCCUAAAAAUUGGGGACCGCAUCUCUGAGUGCCUUAAAGCCUACACUGACCAGGACCAUAUCAAGUUAUGGAGAAGGAACCUGUGGAUAUUUGUGUCAAAAUUCACAGAAUUUGAUGCCAGAAAACUGCACAAACUCUACAAGAUGGCUCAUAAGAAAAGAUCACAGGAAGAGGAGGAGCAGAAGAAGAAGGAGGACAUGUCCAGCAUGAAGAAGCCGUUCCGCCCAGAGCCUUCAGGCUCCAGCCGCGACUCUGUGAUGUCCCAGUCUCACGUGCCUCACAAUCCCCAUUCCCAGAAAAUCCACCUGCCCCCUUCCCAUGCCCAGCAGCAGAUGCAUGGGCACCCACGGGACAACUAUGGCCAUCCAAACAAGAGACAUUUCAGCAACACGGACCGAGGAGAAUGGCAGAGGGAUCGGAAGUUCAACUACGGUGGCAACAGCAACCAGAUGUGGGGCGGGGAGCGGCACCACCAGUACGAGCAGCACUGGUACAAGGACCACCACUACGGGGAUCGGCGGUCUCGUGGGGAGCCCCACCGGAGCUCUGGGAGCUACAGACCCAAUAACCUCUCCCGCAAGAGGCCCUAUGAACAGUACAACAGUGACCGAGACCACCGAGGCCACCGAGAUUAUUACGACAGGCACCACCAUGAUUCCAAGCGUCGGCGAUCGGAUGAGUUCAGGCCUCAGAACUACCACCAGCAGGAUUUCAGACGGAUGUCUGACCACAGGCCGCCCAUGGGAUACCAUGGCCAAGGACCUUCGGACCACUACCGGUCCUUCCACACAGACAAAUCGGGAGAUUACAAACAGCCUCUCCCUCCACCUCACGCUGGAGUGUCGGACCCUCGCUCACCCCCCUCUCAGAAAUCCCCCCUCGAUCCCAAGUCACCUCUGGAUCACAGGUCACCUCUGGAUAGGUCAUUAGAACAGAAAACCAAUCCAGAUUAUAACUGGAACAUUCGGAAAACAUAA